UUUGAUAUCAUGGCAACUCCCAGAAAAUUUCAGGUAAGUCCAAUGAAAAGGACUGGAAUUACAGCCGAAUCAAACAACUUUUGUUCAAAGAGACGGAAAUUGGAAGACACGAAUGAAGAAUGGCACUUCUUGAGACUUUUGAACAAUGCUGUUGAUUAUUUUGCUGAUAUUUCGAAUACAAAAUCUGAAAAUAUUUCGACUGCGAUAUCCAACUUUAUUUCAUCCUUUAGGGUAAAUGGUGGUGGAGGAGGAUUUUCGGAAAUCGAUUUGAAUAAGGCUGAAUAUGCAUGUGGUUACCUCUUUAGAUAUGGUGCCUUGUUUGCCGGUUUGGUAAGAAAAAGACUCCUUCAGGCUUUAGAAAAAAUUGAUUUCUUAAAAUAUUGCCAAAAAAAGGCGGAAAUUAAUGUUAUUUGCCUCGGUGGUGGGGCAGGUAAUGAUAUGAUUGGCUUGUGUAGUGUGUUGCAUGAAGUUGUAGAAUUUCAAAGCUUAAACCUCACUGUUGUGGACUCGGUCAAAAGAUGGGCAUCUUUCUUCAACGUAAUGGAAUUUCUCAUACGUGAAGAUUAUUAUGGAAACGUAAGCAAAUUAUUCCAAGAACGUAACGUAAAUACUUCUUUUAUAUGCUGUGAAUUACCAGGACAUGCAUCAACUAAUGAACAUUAUUAUAAAAACCUCCAAGAAGCAGAUCUCAUUUUAAUGGCAAGGCUUUGGAGUAUUCUUUCCGACGAAAAGAAAGAACCAUUGAUUCGGAGCAUUGCUGAGAACAUGAAAGAGGAUGCCUUGUUGAUAUUUAUAGACACUUGGACAUCUUUGGAUUAUUUUCAAGAAUUUGUUGUUGUUUACUAUUUUGAAGGUGAAAGCUAUAACUUUUCUGCUCCUGUGGUGAAAAAGUUCGAGAACGAAACUGCAACAACAUCAAAAGCAGGAAUUAUGAUUUUAAAACGAAAAAAUACUAACAUGUAACACCAUUUUCCCUUCUGUGAAAUUAUUUUAUGUCCAUCGACCUCUGGAAAGGCAUUUAAG